CAUCCUUUUGGUGAAAAUGAAUUACAUUGAAAAUUUGCUAAUUUAUGCCAGAAAUCUCUCGCCAUUCUACAUCUUCAGCAUGGCAAUAUCAAUCUUUGCCGUGUUGCUCACGGCGUAUUUCGGAAUCACCGGAUGUACCGCAACGCUCGAUGAUGGUGCCAGUAGUUCCGACGGUAGGCCACGGAAGAAAACAACUUCAAACGACAACAGUAGCCACAGCCAGCCACAGGAACAUGCCAACACCACUGACGACUCGGCUGACGAGGCGCCCACCAGCGAUAGUGAAGAUAGUGCCGAUGGGAUGCAUGAGCGGAUGCACAUCGAAUCCCUGAGACAGUUGAAAUCUGCAAAAUUAAAAUCAAUCGAAAAUUCCUUGACCGAAGAGCAGCGGAAAGCGGAAAAAGAAAUCGAACGGGCACAGCUGGCCGCAAUAUUUGAACUUUUGAAACAACAAACGGAGAGCUCCAAUUUGGACGAAGAAGAUCUAAAAGAGCAGCUUAGUCUUUAUCGAUAAAAUUGAAUCACAACUUCGGAUAAUCAUUUUUGGUGUGCGCGUGUUCAAUGUUCUAGUCAAUUUUAGCUUAGCUUUGAACCAUUAAAAAUUAUGUGCAAUGUUUUUCACAAUUUUUCAUGAGGAACCGCACAUUUCUUUUUUGUUUGAUCAUCACAUAGUAAUUUAAAAUAACGUAGCAGUACGCGUGUAACCGUGGUAAAAAAGAAGAAAUGAAAUAGAUAAGUGAAUUGUAGAAAAAUCUUUAUUUACAAAUUUUUCAAUCGUGCGGUGUGCGUGAGUCUACUAUCAUCUAAUCUAUCUUAUAGUUGUAAGCAAUUUCGUAGUUACUGAUAAGCAUCUGAAGAAUCAAAAUGUUGGAAAAGAAAAACACUAUGCUUUGUAUCCA